AACAUGGCUACUGCAGCUGAGAAAAACAGAGGGGAGCUGCAGAAGGAAUUGGUGUGUGCCAUCUGCCUGGACUAUUUCAACGACCCAGUGAUCUUGAAAUGCGGUCACAAUUUCUGCCGUGUGUGCAUCCUUAUGCACUGGGAAGAAAACGGUGGCGAUGAUAUCGGUUAUCAAUGCCCGGAGUGCAGAAUGGUAUUUGGCAAGAUGAGCUUUACUAAGAAUUACCUGGUCAAGAAUUUGGUCGACAAAUUGAGUGAAUUUGACUGUCUGAAGACCGUCAAGCCAGCUGCACCAUCAAAGUCCUUAAAAAUGGACGGGAAAUGUGAGAGGCAUCACGAGGAGCUGAAGUUGUAUUGCCACAGCGACAGUAAACCCAUCUGCGUUGUGUGCAGGGAGUCCAGGGCGCACAGACACCAUGAAGUGGCGCCUUUACCAGAAGUCAUUGAAGACAUGAAGAGUGAGUUGAGGAUGAGGCUUAUCAAGCUGAACUGGCAGAAGUCGAUGUGUUCCAGAGUGAAGGCCAUUGACGAGCAGGCCAAGAAUGAUGCCAAGAUGAAGAAGCAGGCCUUGAAGGAGAAGAUCGAGGAGGACGUGGGAGCGAUGGUGCAGUUCCUCCUGGACGAGAAGGACGAUCUCCUGGAGAGUCUGGAGGCCGAGGAGGUGGCCACCGUGGCCCUGCUCGACGACAACCUCAAGCUGGUGGGCAGCGAGGAGGUAUCGGUGGACAAGGCCAUCACAGACAUCCAGAACCAGCUCAGCGAUUCCGCCAACUUUGAGGCCAUUCGGAAGUUGUAUACCAGGUGGGUUCAAUGUCCAUUCCAAGGAAGCAGCUCUGUGACGGCCACCAACUGCCCCCCGGACUGGACCGAGUUCACAGGACCGUUCCAACUCAUCAUGUGGAAGAAGAUGAUGCACGUCUUACAUACAAUGCCUCAGAAUCUCACACUGGACCUGGACACGGCGCACCCGGGCCUGGCCAUCAGCGACUUCGACACCAAGGUGGAGGAGGGCCGCACGCGCUCGCAGGAGGCCGACGUGCCGCAGCGCUUCACGCGCUUCUUCGGCGUGCUGGCCACGGCGCAGUACUCCAGCGGCCAGCACUACUGGGAGGUGGACGUGCGCGACAAGGGCGUCUGGUACCUGGGCGUCACCACCGAGUACAGCAACCGCAAGGGCUUCGUCAACCUGUCGCCGUCCGCCGGCUACUGGAGCCUGUGCCUGCAGGACCGGCUCUACGCCAACGAGGAGGACGCGCGCAUCCCCGUGGCCGACUACUGGAACUCGCCGCGCGUGGGCGUCUUCCUGGACUACGACCGCGGCCGCGUGGCCUUCUACGACGCCGUCACCAUGAAGCGCAUCUACGCGUUCAACGCCUACUUCGACGAGCCCGUGUCCCCCUUCUUCAGCCCGGGGAAGAACGACCCCGGCAGCCGCCUCCAGAUCUGCCACUACUACUGAGGGGGGGAUUACACCGGCCGACCCCGUUUAGGGUUUUUAAAACGCUUAACAGAGCCGCAAACGCAGGCAGAGGAGGCAAGCGCAACUCCUCAAGGAUGUACUUAGCGUGUCUCCGCAUUUUACACGUGAGGAGAGCUGUGGCCAACGGCUGCCCUGUGGUAAACUCUUAGGAUUGUUCAGGGCAGCGACGCAGUUGCUUUCUAGUGCUUUGGAUUCCCAGAAUGCCACGAUUUCAAUGGUCUUCGGACUUGAUGUUUUCAUGCCAGAGUUUGAGAAUCCCUAUGUAUCCCUAUGACCACAAUCAGGUAGACGUACUGCAAGUCAGUAUUUUGACUUCAGUGUUUCUGUUACGUUAAAGAGUUCAUUUCAAAUAAAUCGGCUACCCCUUAGUUAUAUUUUCCUGUAAUUUAAUGCAUUCCUUAUUGAAAUCUCACUGUAAAUAACUGGUGGUGCACACUAUUUACCACAAUUUAAAUAUGAGCUUCUCAUUUCAUGUUACUUAUUGUUUUCUUUUCUUUUCAAGCAAAAGCCUGGUUACAGUUUUAUCACAACUUCUUGAACUGUAUAUUUUUUCCCCUUCAUUAAUAUUUUAGUUUGAUGUAGACUUUUAUUUACAUGAAGCAAACAUUUGUAAGUGCAGGCACUGGAAUAAUCUUUUAGUUUCUUAAUGAUUGAUGACUUUAGGAUGCAAGGCGUGUUUAGGAUAGAGGUGCACCAGUACUAUUUAUAGUAAGCCAUUUCCUACUCCCAAGUUUCAAGGCGUGCGCUUGUGCGCGUGUGUGUGUGUGUGUGCGCGUGCGUGCGUGUGUGUUUGUGUGCGUGUCCAAAUUCUAAUGACCUUCUAUCACGUUUAUCAAAGUUUUUUUGAUUUGGGUGUUAUUUCCUGAAUCUUCUAAGAUGAGUAGCUAUUGUAUUAGCAACCAUGGGCAAAUGUACAUGCUAGAUAGAUUUUACAGACCUCAAUUACAGAUAUGACAGAUUAUCUAGUUAGGGCCAUACAGAUUAGUGGCAUCUGAAAGAACACUAUGUACAGCAAAUCCAUUUAUCAUGUAUAAAGUUAUUUGUUAAACUGUUGGAAGACUAUACAUUUCAAGACACUAAAAUUUAGUAGCAAUAACUAUGAAAAGGAAACUUUUUCCCAGGAGUAUUUCUUUUGGGUCAAUGAAAUGAAAAAUGGAAGUAUCUAUUUACACAAAGGGAUAGAAACCUGUAAUUAUCCAUAUCCAAGGUAUCCAUGUUUUGUUUUCACAAAAUUAAUUGCAGGUACCAAUGUACAGCCUAAUAAAGGAACAUUUCCUUCCGAAGGAAAGGAAAAGCACACCAUUGGUGCACCUCUAGUUUCACUUGUGUGUGUGUGUGUGUGUGUGUGUGUGUUUUGCGGGGCCACAAGCCUUUGACUUUGUUUCAUGGGAAUUGUUUUUAUGGUCAUAUUCACAUUGUCAAAACUGCCAUGUUUUCUUAAACACAUCUCUGUUCUCCCCCUACAUCAAGUGAAAGGGGCCAGCACACUACUUCCUUUAAAAUGUGCUUAUUUCAGAAUUGUAUGUUUUGUAAGCCUUUCCUCCAGGUUAUGUUUUAUGGCUGUUUUGUGUUGUAAGUGCCCCCUCAUUGGGUUUAUUGGACGUUUUAUGCCAUUGAGAAACGUUGCUGAAUGGGUGGGGAUGGGGUGGCACAUUUGAACUGUGAACAUUUUAACUUUUCUGUAUGAGAAUUCUGCUUUAGUAUAAAUACAACAUGUAAUGAACCAUAACGGCAAUUUUAUGAUUUGAAAAAUAAAAUUUAACUGGA